AUGACUGAAUCUAAUAACACUUCACAACGGGACAAUUUAAAAAAAACAUAUGAUUAUUUGUUAGAAAUUUUUAAAGUACCAUCAUUGAAGCAAGAAUUACAGUUGACGAAUUUCGAGAUCUUCAAUAGUAAUUUGAUAGUCGACCUUAACGAACUUUUUUCAAGGUCCGACAUCAAGCCUAAAGCCCGAAUCUUCAGAAUCUAUGGCAACAUAAUUCAACUAUCAAGAGAUUUAACAAUUCCACCCUUGAAUGAAGGUGGUGUUAUUUUGAUAGCAGCAAGGCGAAUUGAAAUUAAACAAGGAUGUAAAAUAACUGUUAAUUACAAGAAAUAUUUCCGAACAGUUAUAUACGCUAAAGAAAUGACUUCGGAACUUGAAAUUGUCGCAAUAAAUCAACUAAAUAAUAAAAAAAAUUUAUUAAAAUUCGAUGCCGACAUUUCAAAAGAUAAUAAAACCUUUGGUAAAUCACUUACUAUAGGUGAUGCCGAGAAAUCUGAAGAAAAGGAUCUACGCAUCUUUGAUAAUAUUAUUCUUAAUAAUCAUUCAUUCCUUAAAAUGGUACGAUACUCUUUAUUUAUUGCCAGUGUCUUAUUUUAUGAUGAACCUGAAAUUACACGAUCAAUUCUCUCUUGGAUAUGCAAAAUAACCGAAUCACAAUCUGACGAGUCUGACGAUCAACAAUCUGACGAUCUGCAUCAUCAAGCACUUUCGAUAAUUGUACAAUUGGAUAUCUCUGAAGAAAGAAGGAAAAGUGAAGUUUCAUUUAUUCCAUUAUUGGAUAAAAAAUUCUAUAAGAAAGGAAUCGAUGAAUUUAUGAAAUCAGUAGGAUAUUAUGAAAAAAAAUAUACGCAAUUUUUAACUAAAAGGGAUGCUGUUGCUCAAAAGAAAACUGAAUCUAAAGUAUCGUUAGAAAAUUAUAAUGAUGAAACCGCUUUAAGCAAACACUUGGAAGAAAUUGAACGCGGUCGUUAUUUUUCAGCAUUAGAAUUAACGAAAAAAAUAGAAGAUGACUUAGAGGAUAAGAAAAAUCACGUAAGCAGCGCAUGCAAAGUCUUCAAAGAUGGGAUUGAAGAAUGGAAGCAAGAAAAAAUGCAUGAAGCACAAAAAGAAUUAUUAAUAGCGGUUUUUACCUUGGCAGUACGCGUUGGUACAAUUGUUAUCAGACCUGAUGGCAUAGUAGACAUUAUUAAAACUAUAGAAAAGACAUCUAUUUCGAUUCAAGGUGCUCUUAAUACUACAGAUGAACUAAACAAAAUUUUUGGGACUACAGACAAAGUAGAAAAGUUUGUUACGAAAAACAAAUUUAUAAAAGAAAAAAUUCAAAAAAUUACCCAAAUUAAUAAAGAUUUAAUAGGCAAUUACAAUAUCGCUGAAGAUCUGAAUAAUAAUAUAAUAACAGAGCAAAAAAGUUUAGAAGCUUUGAAUGUUAAGGAACUUGCACAAAUGCUUAAAACAGAAGAUCGAAAAGGAAUAAAAAUGAAAGCUGACUGGAAAUCAACCAAGAGCGGUAUAAUGAAAUUACUUAAUUAUCCAAUUGAUCAGAAGAUUAAAGGUGCAAUCGAAUAUAAAUAUUCAAUAGAAAAUUUAUUUAACUAUAUUAACGCAUACAUUGCAGCAAAAAAUGACGAGGCAAAAAAAAAUUACAAAUGUGCAUACAAAUAUUGGUCUCUUUCUGAAUCUGAUGUUGAACUUUCUGUUAAAAAAACUACCGAAAAACUCAUACAAGAUAAAAAUAUAAUUUAUAAAGAAUUAGAAAGCGCAUACUUUAAAUUUGGAAAUUUACCUCAAACUUCGAUGGUAUCAAUUGAUGUUCCUACAAAUUAUACCAAAAAAUUUAUGAAAAAUAGAUUUAUUACUUACGAAAUUCCAAUAGAUCAUCCAAAAUUUCGACGAUGUGAGCGUGUUCGACUUAUUAAUUUUAGAGUAUUUCUUGAGGGUGUUGGGUCCAAAGAUGAUGAAAUCUCUUUUUUUAUUAGCAAUACAGACACAUAUUAUGAUAGAUAUGAAGGGAAAAUUUAUCAUUUUAAAUCAAGAUAUAGAAAAGGUCAAGCGUUUAAGUAUAAAGUACCUAAUGAAAUAUUAACAGAUUUGUCAUUUAGAUCAGAUAUCUAUUUUGUUCCAACGCCAUUUAGCCGAUGGAGAAUUAAGCUUGAUGAUUGUAAAAUCGGUGAUUCUAUGUUGGAACCAUCUGAAAUAGAUCUAUCCGAAUUGAAAUCAAUUGAAAUUAAAUUAGAUGUAGAAUGUUACUAUGUUGAAAAGUAA